CACUGCAUCAUAGCAUCGUAUUUCACCAUCCGUGCAAUUACCAACGCUCACCACUUAAAAAAGUGGUAAAAAUUCUCGGUCAACUUUCUAUGCACCGAUUCAACAGCAAGUUUAAGAGAGUACGAAGAACAGGACAACACCAUGAGUGAAACCGAAGAACUAGCCCAGAAAUUGGCCCGACGAAAUCAGAUCAACGAAGGAGAGGAUGUUCCUCGUCAACAUUUCGAGGUUUUUAAUCCCUACACCGAAUUCAAGGAAUUUUCCCGUAAACAAAUAAAAGAUUUCGAAAAAAUGUUUAAAAAGUAUGAUGAAGACCAAGACAAAUAUUUGGACAUGAUGGAAAUGAAGUUAAUGAUGGAAAAGCUACAAGCCCCGCAGACACAUGUUGGCCUUAAAAACAUGAUUACUGAAAUUGAUGAGGAUAAUGAUGGCAAAGUCAGCUUCAGAGAGUUCUUACUUAUCUUCCGCAAAGCUGCAGCAGGUGAACUUGUUGAAGGUUCAGGUUUAAGUGAACUUGCAAGACUAUCUGAAGUUGAUAUCAGUGAUGUUGGAGUAAAGGGUGCCAAAAGUUUCUUUGAAGCAAAAGCCAAUGAAAUCUCAUCUAGUAACAAGUUUGAAGAGGAAAUUCGAGCUGAGCAAGAAGAAAAUCGUAAGAAGGCAGAAGAAGCAAAAAUAAGGAAACAACAAUUCAAAGCCAAACAAGCUGCAUUUGGAGCUUCUUAGAACCUAGUGAAUUAUUAACAACUGUGAUACAUUACAUUGAUUAACUUAGUAAUACACAUAAGAUGUACCGAUGUUUGGUUGAUGAAUAGGUGAUUGGCUAUGAAAGUUCUUAAUUAUGUAUUUCAGGUUCCCUAGGUAAUACACACAUUGUCUAAAGACAAAUAUUUUUUUGGUUUUUGAAUACAUAAAAUUAUACCAGAA